CCUUGUUCAUCAUCCCAGCCCAGAACGGAAGAAAUGAAGUCUUUUCGUGCCCGGUGAAGAAGUUUUGGUUCGAAGAAUUGUUCUUGCAUUCCAGCACGAUGUCUGUGAAAAGUGCAAAGUCUGGAGCUGAAAGUCGACCGUGCUCUGCAGCCAGCAUGCCUCCUCGAGGGGGGAGGGGUCCACCAGCUGGAAGACCCCCGACCGCCGGCAGAUUUAAAAACAAGGCUCUUCAGCUCAGCCUCUCCAAGAAAUUCUGCUCCAAGUCUCCCGCCACUCCCAAAAAGGCCGGCGGUGGCGGUGAGGAGACCUGCCGGCGCAGUAAAAGGAGCCUCAGCAACAGCUCCGUUGUGGCUGCCGCCUACGUGGCCUACCUCAAUAAACUCUUUGGACAGGAGAGAGAGCUGAUGCCGCUGGAGUUAGACGAGCUGCGAGAGGCCUUCAAGGAGUUUGAUUACGACGCGGAUGGCUUCAUCCAUUACAAAGACAUUGCCGACUGCAUGAGGACCAUGGGCUACAUGCCUACAGAGAUGGAACUCAUCGAAAUCAUCCAGCAAAUCAAGAUGAGAUGGGGAGGCCAUGUCGACUUCGACGACUUCUGUGAGUUGAUGGGCCCCAGGAUGCUCGCCGAGACCGCACACAUGGUCGGCCUCAAGGAGCUCCGGUGUGCCUUCAAACAG